UAACAGUUCUAGGUGAUAAAAUGAUUCUGUUUCCUUGUGAGAAAACAAAUCAUCCAGUUACAGGCAGAUCAGCAGGACUUAAAAUUAUUACUCUUAUUUCAGUGUCAUUUCUGACUUCCAUUUCAUGUAAAAGUGUUUUGAUCAGUUGUUUCAUGAUGUUGCUUCCUAAAGCGCACAGGAAAGGCCUGAACCACAGGGGCAAGGUAGACAAUAACCACUCAGUUGUCUGUUAGGAGAAAAUCUUAUUUUUAAAUCUUCACAGACUUCAGUAUUACUGCCACGAUCCUCUGAAGAGCGUGAGGGAAAAAACCGCACUCCCCAAAUGGGGCAGCAUGAGUUGGUUGCAAGAAGGACCCUAAUGGCUGUCUGCCACUGCUGAGGGCCUGCCCGCAUACGUUGCACUUGCUUAGUGAAGGGAAGGGAAAUGCCAUCAGCAGUCCAAUUCUUUUUUUCAUGGUUAGGGAUAGGGUGUUUAGGUCCUAAAAGCCUUCCUUACUGAGUGAAGUUGCCAGGGAAGGAAAAAGAAAAUGUUUCCCUCCUCUUGACUGCCUAAAGAGGCAAUCAUACAGCCCUAAAAAUAAAAAAGGAAUCUGAAACAGGAGUCACAGUGAAAUUCAGGCUCUCCCUCCAUGGGAGUUCUGCCACCAGUUUCAAUGAGUUCAGGACUUGAUGUGAUAUGUUGGCCAACUGAUGAAGUUAAGUUGGUUUUGGUCAGUUGUGCCAGCCAUGUCUUGUUCUAACAUUUCCCAGAAUAGCCGCUUUGAUAAGCUAUUUACCAUUUACAAAUAUGGAAUGGAUCCUGUAGUGAGCACUUAGCGGAGUAGCUGCCAUUUAAAAACACACAACAAACACUUCCCUGAAACCGUGUGUGGACUAUUUUUAGUUGUUUGUUUAAGACUGAUGACACUCAAUUUUGAAAAUGCCAUUAGGGAGCAAAUGUAAUGUUUGAAGGAAUGAAUAUUCAGUAAUUAUUAUUGACUGAUGCCAAAAGACCUCCUCAGCAAUGAAACAAAUCCCUCUCCCAAAACAGAUAACUUGUCUGACUGUGCUUCAGCUAACUGCAAUGAGAACCUGAAGAGGAUUUAGGGGAACGGAAGUUGUGGGGGCUUUUUCAUUUAAUUAUUUCUAUUAUAAAUUUUUAGUGGUCUGCAGGACUAGCGUUUUAACUGGUAGAUGCAUAUAAUUACUUUACAUUUAACAAAGUAUCUAGAAGAUGAUCCAGCCUUGGAAAAGAUGGGGUUUCACCUACUGAAGUCCAAGUAGAGAUGAGCAUGCAAUGCCUCCUUUAGCUGAAUUUGCCCCUUGGUGACAAUGCCAAUUAACACAGGAUGUCACAAGCCUCCUUGAGGCUACAUCAGAGAUUUCCCUUUUGAGAAUGAAGGCUGAAUGUCCUGGUUAAUUUGCUUCAGGAAAGACCUGUUCAAGUUGAGAUUUAUGUGAGUACUUAAUAUACUUGCAAGAUUUCAGCUGUAGCAUAGACUUUACUGUUUAGGUUCAUUAUUUUUAGUAGUUUGCUGUCUAGAUGAUAGAGAGUCCUGUUCUCUUCCAUCCGUUCCUCCCACCUCUCUUACGUAACUGUUUUGCAGCCAAAGUUGUGAGGCAGUAUGUGCGAUGACGAUGAAACCACUGCCCUUGUUUGUGAUAAUGGUUCUGGGCUUUGCAAAGCUGGGUUUGCGGGAGAUGACGCCCCAAGGGCUGUAUUUCCAUCCAUCGUUGGACGUCCUCGACAUCAGGGUGUUAUGGUUGGAAUGGGUCAAAAAGACAGCUAUGUAGGGGAUGAAGCGCAGAGUAAAAGAGGAAUCUUAACUCUGAAGUAUCCCAUUGAGCAUGGCAUCAUCACUAACUGGGAUGACAUGGAAAAGAUUUGGCAUCAUUCUUUCUAUAAUGAACUUCGUAUUGCACCAGAAGAACAUCCCGUACUGCUGACUGAGGCUCCCUUAAAUCCUAAGGCCAACCGUGAAAAAAUGACUCAGAUCAUGUUUGAGACAUUCAAUGCGCCAGCCAUGUACGUAGCAAUUCAGGCAGUGCUGUCUCUGUAUGCAUCUGGAAGAACUACUGGAAUAGUUUUGGAUUCUGGGGAUGGUGUCACACACAAUGUGCCUAUCUAUGAGGGUUAUGCCUUGCCUCAUGCCAUUAUGAGACUGGAUCUUGCAGGCAGAGACCUGACUGACUAUCUCAUGAAAAUCCUUACAGAGAGAGGCUACUCUUUUGUCACCACUGCGGAACGGGAGAUCGUGAGAGACAUAAAGGAGAAGCUUUGUUACGUGGCUUUGGAUUUUGAAAAUGAAAUGGCAACUGCUGCUUCCUCCUCCUCUCUUGAAAAGAGCUAUGAGCUUCCCGAUGGACAAGUCAUCACCAUCGGAAAUGAACGAUUCCGAUGCCCGGAAACUCUCUUCCAGCCAUCCUUCAUAGGGAUGGAAUCUGCAGGUGUCCAUGAAACCACUUAUAACAGCAUUAUGAAAUGCGAUAUUGACAUCCGUAAGGAUCUUUACGCUAAUAACGUACUCUCUGGAGGAACCACAAUGUAUCCUGGUAUUGGUGACCGUAUGCAGAAAGAGAUUACAGCGUUGGCUCCAAGUACUAUGAAGAUUAAGAUGAUUGCACCGCCAGAACGUAAAUACUCUGUCUGGAUUGGGGGUUCAAUACUGGCUUCUCUAUCCACCUUUCAGCAAAUGUGGAUCAGUAAAGAUGAGUAUGAGGAAGCUGGUCCUUCUAUUGUCCAUCGCAAGUGCUUCUGAAUACUUCCAUCAUGUAUUGUCAGUGCUGAGCGUGCUGUUUCUCUGCACAUCACCUGCCCUCAUCCACCUCUAAGGGAAUUACAUGGUUUGGCUAUCUUCCACCUGUUAUAACAUACACUACAUGGAUGUCAUGCUAAUUAGUAUAUUAUUUCUAAUUUUUAAUACUAAAAUGAGACUAACAUUUCUUGGGUAAUUUCCAGGAUUAAACAGUAGUUAUACAUUUAUGUGGCGCUCUCUUCUUCAGCCCCACUGCCCCCACGCCCUACUCCCCAAGAAUUUUUAAGUAUUGUACUGCCGUUCAGGAGUUAGCACACAAUACUACUGUAUGUUAGUCUCUGCUACUUGAUGGCAAAUCUGAAGCAUGCACAUAAUAGGCAACUCUUUCCAGCCUGAACACAAUGCAAGAUCUAGGUACCAUAUGUUUAUUUUAUGCAGUUAAGUGGUGCACAGGAUUUUGUUAAGGGGAUGGGUGCCAAUAUGCAUGUAUUCUUUCAGCACAACUUGUGUGGAUUUCUCCCCUUCUUGGCAGGAGACCUCUGUCUUCCUCUGACCAUCACUCCCCAUCAAUGAAGAGUUUCAACAAGCUAUAGUACUUUUUUGUGCUUACGUGUAACAGGUUAAUUUAUUUAUUGCAUUAUUGUUCUUCUUCAUCUCCCUUCUUUCCUAGGCAGUUAAAUGAUGUUUCAUUUACUUGCUUUUGCUAUAUCUGUGCUAUGCUAAGCUAAUGAUUACUGAGUAAAUCGUCUUUUAAAUAUGUUAUCAAAAUAUUCUGGGUUUAAUGGAUCAAUAAAAGUGUAAUUACACGUGUAAGGCUGAUGUGGCU